AAUGACGGAGGAGAGAACAGGAAUUAACAUGGACUGAAUGCAGCUGUGUGAGUGUUUGUGAGGGUAUGAGAGGAGAUGUUGGGAGAAACGGAAAGAGAGAGAGAGGGAGAGUGACGAGAAGAGCAUAGAUGAAGGAGAGAAAGCUGUCAUAUACACAAUAAGAUUAAUAAUAUACCUUUUAGAUGAGAAGGUCCAGGGACAAGCAGUGGGAGACCCUGAAAGUUUUGGUUGAUAGUUUGUGUGAUCACCUUUGCCCUGACGACCACAGGGUGCCUGGAUCUACAGCACGUUUGGCCUUGUCCGCUCUGAGGUUGAGAAGAAACCGUGAAGACAGGUUAAAGUCAUGGCAGUUGGGUGGAGACCGGCCACCCUUCUCCUUGUCUUCAUCCUGACGUUCCUCUGCCCCUCGGAUGGAACCAUGUACCUCUCUGGCCAGAAGCUGAGGUCUCGUCUUCAGAGGGAUCGACGAAACGUUCGUCCAAACAUCAUUCUCAUUCUUACUGAUGACCAAGACAUUGAACUCGGCUCCAUGCAGGCCAUGAACAAAACAAAGCGCAUAAUGAUGCAGGGCGGCACCCACUUCUCCAAUGCGUUUGCCACCACUCCGAUGUGCUGCCCUUCUCGAUCCUCCAUCCUGACUGGGAAAUAUGUGCACAACCACCACACCUACACCAACAACGAGAACUGCUCAUCACCGUCCUGGCAGGCCCACCAUGAACCGCACACUUUUGCUGUCCACCUCAACAAUUCAGGCUACAGGACAGCCUUUUUUGGGAAAUACCUGAAUGAGUAUAAUGGCUCUUAUGUGCCUCCUGGCUGGAGAGAAUGGGUAGCUCUUGUGAAGAAUUCUCGUUUCUACAACUACACACUGUGCCGGAACGGUGUCCGAGAAAAGCAUGGCUCAGAGUAUCCGAAGGACUAUCUCACGGAUGUAAUCACAAAUGACAGUAUCAACUACUUCCGUAUGUCAAAGAGGAUGUACCCGCACAGGCCUGUGAUGAUGGUCCUGAGCCACGCUGCCCCCCAUGGGCCGGAAGACGCAGCACCUCAGUACAGCAGCGCCUUCCCUAAUGCAUCUCAACACAUAACACCAAGCUACAACCACGCCCCUAACCAAGACAAGCACUGGAUCCUGCGUUACACGGGACCCAUGAAGCCUGUGCACAUGCAGUUCACCAAUAUGUUACAGAGAAGAAGGCUGCAGACCCUGCUUUCAGUGGAUGACAGCGUUGAGAAGAUUUACAAUAUGUUGGUGGAAACGGGGGAGCUUGAUAACACCUACAUGAUUUACAUGUCUGAUCAUGGCUAUCACAUUGGCCAGUUUGGCUUGGUGAAGGGCAAAUCAAUGCCAUAUGAUUUUGACAUUCGAAUCCCCUUCUACCUCAGAGGGCCGAAUGUGGAGGCAGGUGGCAUUAAUCCUCACAUAGUCCUGAAUGUUGACCUAGCCCCUACCUUGCUGGACAUGGCCGGAGUGGAUAUUCCACUGGAGAUGGAUGGCAAGUCCAUCCUCAAGCUGUUGGAAACAGAACAACCUGUCAACAGUUUUACCAGGUUUCAUUACAAGAAGGUGAAAGUGUGGAGGGAUUCAUUCCUUGUAGAGAGGGGGAAGCCUCUGCAUAAGCUAGCAGAUGGCAAAGAGGUGGAACAAAAUUCGCUGCCAAAGUUUCAGCGGGUCAGAGACCUGUGUCAAAGAGCUGAGUACCAGACUCCCUGUGAGCAACCAGGGCAGAAGUGGCAGUGUAUUGAGGAUUCCACUGGUAUGCCGAGGCUGUAUAAGUGUAAAGGGAUGGCGGGUCUCUAUGCACCUCGUGCUCUGGGCCUGAUGGCUGCCAGCAGGGGAGAGAUCAACAGAGCUCAUUCCACAUCAGACCAAUGUGAUUGUGAACCCAAGAUGCCUCUCAAGAGGAAGAAGGCACUCACCAAAAAGAAGUUGAAGACCAAGAAGAGUUUGCCACGGAAUCGUUGGGCCCGCUCUGUCACGUAUCACUUGGACUCAGAUGUGUUCACUCUGGACCUGGAGAAGGGCUACCAGCCCCUCAAUCUGAACACCAGCCUUAUGCUAGGCAGAAAGCAGGCAGUGUAUGGAGAGAAUGAAGAAUACAGCGGAAUGGGACCCGCAGACAACAACUUCAACACCCUCACGCCACCUGCUGCUCUUAAAGUCACCUACAGAUGCUCCAUUCUGAUGAAUGACACAGUCAGGUGUGAUGGUGGAUUAUAUAAAUCUCUACAAGCAUGGAAAGAUCACAAACUACACAUUGAGCAUGAGAUUGAGACUUUGCAGACCAAAAUAAAAAACCUCAGAGAGGUCAAAGGGCAUCUAAAGCAGGUUCGACCAAAAGAGUGUGAAUGCAACCAAAACACGUAUCAGUACAACAAUAGAGCACUGUUCAAACUCAAAUCAGGGCGCAUACAUUCUGUCAAUGGAAUGACCUCCAAAGAUAAGAAACAGUGGCUGAUGAAAGAACAGAAACGCAGGAAGAAGCUGAGGAAGCUCCUGAAGCGCCUCCGUAAUAAUGACACUUGCAGCAUGCCUGGCCUCACCUGCUUCACACAUGACAACCAACACUGGCAGACCGCCCCCUUCUGGACAAUGGGGACGUUUUGUGCUUGCACGAGUGCCAACAAUAACACCUACUGGUGUCUGAGGACUAUCAAUGAGACGCACAACUUCCUAUUUUGUGAGUUUGCCACUGGCUUCCUGGAGUAUUUUGAUCUUAACAGAGAUCCUUAUCAGCUGAUAAAUGGCGUGAGCACGCUCGAUCGUGAUGCGGUGAAUCACAUGCACCAGGAGCUCAUGAAACUGCGCAGCUGCAAAGGUCACAAAGAGUGCAAUCAGGAGACAGGUGGUAAAGAAAGAAACUCUUUGUAUGAUUAUAGGCCGCUUCAUCGUCGAAAGAGGCCAAAAGUGAAGAAACCAUCCUCCAAAUCAAUGGGUCAAAUUUGGGAAGGAUGGGUAGGUUAGUUUAUCACUACUAUCCACUGUGAAGGAUGCACAGAGGUGAGGAAUGUGGACUGAUGAACUCCUGACCCGAGGACAGCAAGUGAACUCUGCAAACGUCCAGCCAUUAUGAAGUGUGGAUUCGGAGAGGGUCAUAUCAGUGUGGCCAUCUCAUUUUCUCUCUCAAUGCAUUUUUCUAUUUACAGUUUUUGAUUCACUACAUUUUUGGGAACUUUUUAAUGAAAGACUUCUUCCAUGGAAACUUUUUACCAUAAGGGACUUUGAUGGAUUUUUUUUUUUUUUUUUUUUUUUUUUUUUAAUGAGCCAAUAUCUAUCCAACAUGGCACCUAACAUUUCGUGGCUAAGAUCAGUCACGUUCACUGUUCUCAUAAGACAAGAAAACUCACAUGACUCAUCAUUGAGAUAUAAACUUGUCAUCUAUAAACACACUACUCCUUUAUUAUUCCUGUAAGACUGUGAUGUGGGACUCUGGUACUGUGUUCAAUAGAGGGCCGACAUGCUCUGACUUCGUUGCUGCUGUGGAUAUUGUAAUAUUACUCUCAAACUGAAAAUCCCAAGGAAACGUCAUGAUACUUUACACAUGUUGUGCUAUAUAAUAAUAAUGUCACCAACUUAUGUGAUUCCGUUCAUGAAAAUGUUGCUUUUUGAAACAUGGUGCUACUGUAAGUUAACACUUGGAACUGAAUGCUGCAUAAUAUGUAUUUGAAUGUAUGUGCAAUUAAUGUAAAUAUUAGUAGCCUAUAUUUUUACCAGACUGAAUAUAUGGGAGUUUCUCUUCGUGAAUGUUCUGAAAAGAGAGCACCCUCAGUCUAACAAAUGUGUUAUGUUUAUCUGAAUGCACUUAUGAAUAUAACAUACUAAACAGUGUUGGAGUAAUGAUUUGUUAUAAUAGUUAAAUUCAAAUAUAUGUGUAGGUGUCAUCCCAAACCAAUUCAUUCCCUUUUUGCUGUUUUCCAUUGGCUUGAAAUGUGGAAAGCAAUGAAGGUAUUGUAGUUGGUGAAUAAAGUGUUAAAUACCCAGG